UUUACGCUUUUUUUUACGCUUUUCUAUGAAACGGCUUUUUGGAGCGUUAAACCAGCGUCGGUCUGGGUGAUAUUGUACAUUUUAGAUACCUGUAAAACAAAUGGACGACCAGGAAGAGCCCGACGAUCCGGCCAGUGUGGCUGCGAACGAAGUAGUGCCUGCUCCGGAACCGGAUACUACGGCGGCGGAGGAGGAAGAAAGCACGCGCGACAGCUCGCUGGAAAUGUUCGAACAGCCAGCUCCAUCACCGCCACCGCCACUGCCACCGCCUGUGAACGUGCUGGACGAGCCCGUUGUGCAUAUGGAGAUUGAGCUCGCUCGCAUCCAACAGGGCAUGCUGUCGCCCGUUAUUGUCAUAAGCAACAUAAACAAUGUGCCGGAGGUGCAGGCAACGGUAGAGAUCAGCACGGACCAGGGUAACGAGGAGGAAGAGGAUGACACGGUACCGAUACCGCUCGAGCCAGAAUCGGCUGCAGGUUCGGAUGGACCCUUGCCGGAUGUGGCUUUCGAAGAGCCCAUUGAACUGUCGGACAGUUCACCGAACCGUUCCGGUCAAAUGUUCACCCCGCGACGAAAAAAACGGAAACGAGCAAUAUCACCAAAAAAGCUCAUCGAUUCACCCGUACAAAGCAAGGAUGAGGACGAGGAGGGACUGCUUUGUCCCAUCUGCUUUGACGCAUGGACGCUGACCGGUGACCAUCGAGUGGUGAGCUUGAAGUGCGGCCACCUUUUCGGCAUGUCCUGCAUCAAGCGGUGGAUGCAGAACAAUCCGGCAGCAACCCGUGGCUGUGCAACGUGCAAGGCCCGUGCCACGAUGCGGGACAUCCGGUUCAUCUACGCGCGCGCCAUCAAGGCGGUGGACAAUACGCGCGAGGAAGAGCUGCUGCAGGAGCUGAACCGGGAGAAGCUUAAGGUGAUCGAUCUCAACACGAAGCUGACCGUCGUUAACAUGAAAGUGUUGGAGCAGAGUGAAAAGAUUGACACGCUGGAGCGCAAGCUGCUUGCGUUCGGGCAGGGUGGUGCCGAGUUUAGCCGAAGCCAGUUCGACGGAGGUGCGGAGCAUCGCCACAACUACAAACUGUUCCUGGAGAAGAACAUCGAGAUAACGCGCGAAUCGGGCUGCCGGGCGUUAGCCUACUCCGCCAAGCACCAGCUGCUGCUGAUCUCGCAAAAAUCUACCCAGCCACUGUUCCCGGGUUACUCGAUACGGAUGCUACAGGUGCCCGGGUUUGUGGCGAGUGCCGGCGCUGCCUCGAUGCUCGUGUCGUCCCGCUCGGUCCGUGACAUUGCCAUCGAUGCGUCCGACGAUCUGUUCGCGUGCGCUGCGAUGGAAAAGAUGGUAAAGGUAUUUUCCAUCCAGAAUCGCUCGGUGCAGUGUACGAUCACACCGAGCCAGGAUCCGCUGUGGUCGUGUGCGUUCGAUAAGGAGCGUUCCAAGUUCCUGUACCUCGGUUCGCAGCGCGGUUCCGUGUACGUGUACGACAUCCGGCAGCCGGACCAGCUGCUGGAAGAGUUCCGGGUCGGGCACGGGCAGAACGAUUACACCGGCGUGGUAAAGAUUUGUCCGGUCGAGCCGACGUCCAUCAUUCCGUGCGGUGGGUUUUUGGUGUGCAAGCUGAAAUCGAUCUGGUUCUACGAGUACACCCCAACCCAGCAGAUCGAAAGCCAUCUGCUCAACAUUACCGGUGCGUUCUCCGCGAUGAGCUACAAUCCGGACAGUGGGCUGAUUCUGGUCAGCGUGCGACCGACGACCGACAAACCGACCACGCUAGUGCUGGCCACGCUCGAGAAGCUGGACGGUGUGUUCGCGCUGAAGCUGCAGCACACGUUCGAGGGUUCGCGCGUACAAACCGUCAUGUACCGGUGUGCGCAGGUUUACCUGAACGACGCCGACACGCUCGUAGCAUCGUACGUGGAGGACUCGAAGAUGCUUUCCACUUGGUGCACCAACAGGGGACGGUUGCGCGUACAGCAACUGCCGAUGAAUGAAGGCAUUCUGGACAUUUGCCCGAUACGGGCGACACCGGGCCAAACGUACCUGGCUGCACUGAGUGAAUGCCGGUGCCGUAUUUAUCGGCUGAACACAGAGUGACACUGCGUGUGAGUAGGUGAACGCAACCCUUUACUGGGAGAGGAAGAUGUGAACAGUGAAAUUCAGGACACAUUUUUUGUACAUUUGUGAAAAGAAACUGCCAAUCUAGGGGGUUGGGUUGUUGGUCACAAACUGCCACUUCUUGGACGGCUUUGUCGCUGGAAGCAAUGUGCAGCCGAUCGAUGCGGAUGACGCGGAUCGUGCGAGGUUCACUUUUACUUCGAAACAAAGCGAAUUAGAUAGGCGUGUUACAUUAGACUGAUAAGUUACUUUUUUGUAAAAAGGAGAUAAUAAAAAGACAAAUAUUGUAAGAAUCGAG